AUGAGCGCAAUCUACCGGAUGGUCCAAGAGACCCAAGAUUCCCUUUCCGACGAUGCCCUCCUACCCCUUAAGUCUUACAAGUAUUCCGCUGUGGACAAGUCGUUCAUUUCUCGGUAUAUUUUGAAGCACUAUUGGAAUGCCUUCGUCGAACUUGUGCCGAUGUGGAUGGCCCCGAACAUGGUGACCCUUCUUGGGUUCAUGUGGAUCAUUUUCGUGCCAGAUAUGGUGGGACCCGGCCCCGCUUGGAUCUACUACAGCUUCGCUCUUGGCAUGUGGAUGUACUCUACCCUCGACAAUGUGGAUGGUAAACAGGCGCGCCGAACGGGGACGUCCAGCGGACUCGGGGAACUUUUUGAUCACGGUAUCGACUCUUUGAACUGCACUCUGGCCAGUCUGCUCUCGACAGCCGCAAUGGGCUUUGGAGCCUCACAAAUUGGUGCUUGGACUGCAAUCGUGCCUUGCUUGGCCAUGUAUUUCUCGACAUGGGAGACGUUCCACACCCACACGCUCUACCUCGGCUACUUCAAUGGCCCGACUGAGGGCCUCCUCAUUGCCUGUGCAACUAUGAUUGCCUCCGGAAUCUGGGGUCCUGGAAUGUGGUCUCAACCCAUUGUUGGGUUCCUUAACUUCCCCCAGAUCUUCGGCAACAGCUCCGUUAAAGACCUCUGGGUCCCAAUUCUCCUGGGAGGCUUCUUCCUCGGACAUCUUCCCGGAUGUGUUAUGAAUGUAGCUGAGGCCCGCAAGAAGCAGGGGCUGCCGUUCACCCCUUUGCUUAAGGAGUGGGUGCCUAUGAUUGUCUUCACCAUCUCCAACAUUGCCUGGCUGUUCUCGCCAUAUUCAACUAUUCUUUCCGGGAAUCACCUCAUUUUAUUCUGCUGGGUUAUGGCAUUCGUCUUCGGACGGAUGACCACCAUGGUCAUUUUGGCCCAUCUUCUGAGACAGCCCUUCCCCCUCUGGACUAUCAUGCAAGCUCCCCUCGUUGCUGGCGCGGUCCUGAUCAACCUGCCCGUGAUCGGCUUCCCGGUCGUUGCCCCAUGGCUGGAACUGCUUUAUCUCUGGGUGUACUUCUUUUUCGCUCUCGUUAUUUACAUGCACUGGGCUGUCCUCGUCAUCAACCGCAUCACGACUUUCCUCGGCAUCAACUGCCUUACUAUUCGAAAGGAUAAGGGUGCUGCCAGAGACAGAGCCUAUCGCAACCUCGGUGAAUCGUCCCACCUCGAUCAGUCUCACGCUUCGACUGACACAUCCAAGACACAUUAA